ACUAGGUUUCCAACAAAACAAUUUUGUAUAACACCCCGCUCGACGAGGGUCGUCUGUCAGGCCAAGUUUAAGACAUAAAACGUUAAGUUUUAAAUAAUCUACAUUGUCGGGAUUAUCAGUACCUUUUAUAAAAAUGAACACCUACAUUUUACAUUAUAUUUUACAAAAAAAAAAUCGUUUCAUUUGUAUUUUAAUUAUUGUUUUAUUAGGUUUGUUCCAACCCUUCACAUUACCGUUCUCGAAUGGUUACGGGUAUGCGCAUGCGCAAAAUUCUGCGCAGCAACACAUUUUUCGUUACUGCGCAUACUCAUAACAAUCUGGUGAUUUUGAGCAAAAUCUGGCAACUUUUUAAGCAAUUGUCUGGUGAUUUUUAGUUUUUUGACCUGGCAACUAUGUGUGAAUGAAAGAAAAGCCUUAUGAAUGGUUUGUGACGAGGACGCUACUUUUGGCUACUUUGCAUUUGUAUUUUUUGCUAGCAAAAGACCGUUCUGGAGUUUUUAAAAAUUUAUUUACAAAGUGAUUUUAUUUGUGUAAACAUAAAACUGAAAUAAUUGACAAAUAAAAUGGAAGUGAAACAAGAAGCUAGUAGUGAGCAAACUUGUAAAACAGAAACAGAUAAUGAAACCUAUGAUGAUGGUCUUUUGGAUGUCUUCAAAAUUGAAGUUAAAGAAGAACCUAAGACUGAAAGUGUAUACGAGGAUUAUGUGGUAGUCUUAAAAACUGAAGCAGAACAAGAUGAACAUAAAUUUACACCAUUUGAAGAGAAGCAAACAGCAAAUGAAAAAAGUUAUUCUCAAGAGGAGAGCAAAUUGGAAAUUAUGGAGACACUACCUAAACAUUUAUCUGAUGAAGGAAAAGCAUUUACUCAAAAUAUGACUGUUGCGACUGGACAGAGACCUUACGAAUGCGAAGUUUGUUUUAAGAAGUUUUCUCGAAAUGAGCGCUUAAAAAAUCAUUUGAGAGUGCACACAGGGAAAAAACCAUACAAGUGUGAAACUUGCUUAAAACAGUUUCGUACUACAAGUGAAUUGAAAACACAUUCGAGAACGCACACUGGAGAAAAACUUCACAAGUGCGAGAUUUGUUUUAAGCAAUUUAAUCAAGCAGGUAAUUUGAAAACACAUUUGAGAGUGCAUACUGGGGAAAAACCAUACAAGUGUGAGAUUUGCUUUAAACAGUUUAGUGAGACACGCCAUUUGAAAAUACAUUUGAGAGUGCACACUGGGGAAAAACCAUACAAGUGUGAGAUUUGCUUUAAACAGUUUAAUGAGACACGCCAUUUGAAAACACAUUUGAGAGUGCACACUGGGGAAAAACCAUACAAGUGUGAAACUUGCUUAAAACAGUUUUGUACUUCAAGUGAAGUGAAAAGCCAUUUUUUAAGAGUGCACACUGAAGAGAAACCUUACGAGUGCGACAUUUGUUUAAAACAGUUUGUUACUACAGGUGAAUUGAAAACACAUUUGAGAACGCACACUGGAGAAAAACUUUACAAGUGCGAGAUUUGUUUUAAGCAAUUUAGUCAAGCAUGUAAUUUGAAAACACAUUUGAGAGUGCAUACUGGGGAAAAACCAUACAAGUGUGAAACUUGCUUAAAACAGUUUUGUACUUCAAGUGAAGUGAAAAGCCAUUUUUUAAGAGUGCACACUGAAGAGAAACCUUACGAGUGCGACAUUUGUUUAAAACAGUUUGUUACUACAGGUGAAUUGAAAACACAUUUGAGAACGCACACUGGAGAAAAACUUUACAAGUGCGAGAUUUGUUUUAAGCAAUUUAGUCAAGUAUGUAAUUUUAAAACACAUUUGAGAGUGCAUACUGGGGAAAAACCAUACAAGUGUGAGAUUUGUUUUAAACAGUUUAGUAAGGCAGACCAUUUGAAAAGACAUUUGGGAGUGCACACUGGGGAAAAACCAUACAAGUGUGAGAUUUGCUUUAAACAGUUUAGUGAGACACGCCAUUUGAAAAUACAUUUGAGAGUGCACACUGGGGAAAAACCAUACAAGUGUGAGAUUUGCUUUAAACAGUUUAAUGAGACACGCCAUUUGAAAACACAUUUGAGAGUGCACACUGGGGAAAAACCAUACAAGUGUGAAACUUGCUUAAAACAGUUUUGUACUUCAAGUAAAGUGAAAAGCCAUUUUUUAAGAGUGCACACUGAAGAGAAACCUUACGAGUGCGACAUUUGUUUAAAACAGUUUGUUACUACAGGUGAAUUGAAAACACAUUUGAAAACGCACACUGGAGAAAAACUUUACAAGUGCGAGAUUUGUUUUAAGCAAUUUAGUCAAGUAUGUAAUUUUAAAACACAUUUGAGAGUGCAUACUGGGGAAAAACCAUACAAGUGUGAGAUUUGUUUUAAACAGUUUAGUAAGGCAGACCAUUUGAAAAGACAUUUGGGAGUGCACACUGGGGAAAAAUCUCAAAUGUGUGAAAUUUGUUUUAAACAGUUUAGUGAGGCAGGCCAUUUGAAAAGACAUUUGAGAGUGCACACUGGAGAAAAACCUCACAAAUGUGAAAUUUGUUUGAAGCAAUUUAGUCAAGCAAUUAAUUUGAAAACACAUUUGAUACUGCACACUGGGGAAAAACCAUACAAGUGUGAAACUUGCUUAAAACAGUUUUUUACUUCAACUAAAUUGAAAACACAUUUUUUAAGAGUGCACACUGGGGAAACCCCAUACAAGUGUGAUACUUGCUUAAAACAGUUUCGUACUACAAGUGAAUUGAAAACACAUUCGAGAACGCACUCUGGAGAUAAACUUUACAAGUGCGAGAUUUGUUUUAAGCAGUUUAGUCAAGCAUGUAAUUUGAAAACACAUUUGAGAGUGCAUACUGGGGAAAAACCAUACAAGUGUGAGAUUUGUUUUAAACAGUUUAGUCAAACACGUAACUUGAAAACACAUUUGAUGGUGCACACGGAAAAAGCAAUACAAGUGUGAGAUUUGCUUUAAACAGUUUAGUGAGGCAGGCCAUUUGAAAACAGAUUUGAGAGUGCACACUGGAGAAAAACCUCACAAGUGUGAGAUUCGUUUGAAGCAGUUUAACCAUUCAAUUAAUUUGAAAAACAUUUGAGAGUGCACACUGACGAAAAACCUUAGAAGUGCGAGAUUUGUUCUAAGCAGUUUUCUCAGAAUGGUAAUUUGAAACGCAAUUUGAAAGUACAUACUAGAAAAGAUCUUAACGAGAACACGUCAAUAUAAUAAUAUAAAUAAUAGAGAGAUGGGACAAAUCGAGAGAAGCAAUCCAAAUAACAUGCACGACUAUAUUAAAGCGUGACAGACAACAAGGAUGGAUGUCUGAUGUGAUAAUGGAUAUGAUGGAUAAAAGACGCAGAUUCAAGAAUAUAAAUGCAGAAAAAUAUCAGCAGAUAUAUUAUACAAAUAUUAAAGAUCCUUUGUAAAUCAGACAAACAAUUCCUUGAUAAUCUAGUUGUACUUUUUAACAUUUUGUUAUAUGUAUAAUGUUAUGGGGAAAAUUUAGAGAAUUCAUUUUAUGUCCAACACCACGAGAUCGUAGAUUUUCAUCGCCCUGUAUAUGGCCAAAAUUUGUAAAUAAUAUAUUUUAGUCGUAAGCAGUGUUUCGUGGUAAGUGAAAAACGUUAGUGGUUAAGAUUCUACGAACGGACUUAACAAUUCAAGAACAAUGGAACUGAAUUACGAUCGGUGUUAGAAAGUGGAUGUAUUUGCGGUUGACGUGAACAAUAGAAUGUUUCUAAAUACUUCCUAGAAAGUAACGACGAUAAAUAAAAUUGUUUAGUUUUAGAAUAUAGGGUUUUUCUAGCAUGUAAGAAAAAAAUUAACUUUGGUAUCUCCUGGAAUUUGACAAGACGGAAAAUUUGUAUACAACACUAUUUGUUUUUAAAAAAGAAAUUAGGGAUGUAAUGUGUAGAGAGAAUGCUUGUGAUUGGCGAGAAGACUGAUGGAGGGGAGUAGAGUGUUUGAGUCUCAGUUUGAUGAGGGAAAAAGUUUUUACUGUGUAAUUAAGAUCUGAUGAGACCAGCCUAGUUUGGAAAGUAGUGAUUUUGUGUAAAGUGGUUAAUUUGGUGGCCGUGUAAGCAGAUAGCUGUUGAGACGGAAUCGUGAUCGAGUCUAGAAGUAAAAUCUCGUGUCCGAAUAGAUUCCUGUUUCUGUCUGGAACGAGUAGCCGGUUUGUAUCAAUUUUGCACAAGAUAUCGAGCUGAGAGAAAAAUCUUGGAAUUAUAAAGAUUGAUAUUGUUUGUGUCGAGUCAGAGACUAAAUUGAGGAGAGAUUUCGAGCGAGUGCUGUUGGUCUUUGUUUGGGAAACAGUUUGGACAAGAAGGAGGGUUGCAGCAUCCGAGGAGCACGUGUGGGAGAAACGAGGAGAACACAAUCCAUGAGAAGAAGUUAAGAACAUAGAUAAGGUUAGUCAGAUUAUUUGUGAAAAGAUAGUUGUUUGAUAUUACAUACCAUACUUAUUUUUUGUCAAAUUUAACAGUUAUACAACAUAAUUUAUUCAUUCAUAAAUUCGUAGAGAACAUAAGUAAUCUAUUUAAAAGGUGAAAAUUAAAUUUUGUUUUUUUUUAUAAUAAUAAGAACAGUCUACCGAAUCAUUUAAAUAAAAAUUUGUUAAAAGAACAGGAGAUAGUAGAAUUACAGAUUAAUUUUAGUAGAUAAAAUAAUUUUUUUUACGACAGAUUAUAUUUUCAGCAUACAUACUGAGUCUUAUGUUUGUGGUAUAGUAAUAGUAUAUGAAUAAAUAAUAUUUAUAAAAUUUA